AGGCGGCAGCCCUCUUUGACCUCUACUCAUACGGGGAUCCCAGAGGAGAAGGCGAGCACGAGCACCUCGUUCCGUCGAAUAAAGUGGCGAAGAUCGCCGCGGGGCAAGCGACCGACGCCGUCGCGGAGAAGAGCCGCAUCCUGGCACCGGCUGACGCAGAUGCUGAUGAGUCGAAACGCGACAAUGUGCUUCGUAUUCAGGUCAUGACGAGCUAUCCAAAGGACGGACUUCUGGGUGAUGUUUUGAUUCCAUCGCUCUCGCCCUUCAUCAGUGCAAGGACGCCAGUGCUGAAGACCUACAAUAUUUGGGGCAAGACUGGAAGGGAGGGCACAGGCGGCGCGGGCAACGCCGCCGGCGCCACGAAUGCCAUGAACAAUGGCGUCGUCGGUGAAGAGAAGCGGGUUUGCCUCGGUGAAAUCCUCAUGGCCAUCCAAUGGCAACCGAGGAAUUUUCUGAACUAUGCGAAGGGACAGUUGACCGUCCAGGUGAAACACAUCAAGUUCCAUGAGUUCCACAUCCUCGAGCCCUACAACAUCAAUCCCUUCAUCCAUGUGUACAUGAGCAGAGCUGUGGCGGGAAGCCCGGGAAGCCGCGAGUGGGCAGAGAUCAAGCGUUGGGACCCACGGUUACACAUGACACAGGCCCAGCAACAGAAGGUUGGCGUGUUUUCAAGGGGGCCAUAUGGAGGAGUCAUCAAGUUUGAUCCCACAAUGCGGCAGAGGGCGGCUGGCGGCGGUGCCACGCUGGGUCAUUGGGUGCAGCAUGGCAAAGACCAGGGCUGGGUGCCUUUGUCCACAGACAAGAAGGUCAGUGGGCACUGGGCAUGGAACGAUGUUUGGGGCAAGCAGUCCUCUGUCCUCGAUCUUGAAGUCGGAACCGAAUUUGUGAAAUAUUCGUCGCGGCGCAACUGCAUCGAUUUGAUGGGCAUCCGCCUAUUGGUGAGUCAAGUCUUGCAGAGGUGCAUGAUGAACAUGUCCAACCGGCAAGCUGUCCUUGUGGCUGACAGUAUCUUCAACCGCGCUGGGGUCGUGCCUGGAAUCUACCAGGCAAUCUUAGCACAGGGGACAGACUACAGGAUGGAGAAGAUAGGUCUGUCUGACAUCAUGGCCAGGUUCGAGGAACGAAAGAAGCCAUACGUGGAUGUGACCCGUGAGAUGGUGUUUGAGCACGAGCGACAGAUUGCGUGCAACGGUGGACAGGUGAAUCUCUUCGCUCCAAGCUACAUGUACCACCAGAAACUUG